UUCACUUAUUUCUGUCCUUGAAACGCAGUGUUUCAAACCAGUAGCGGACUGUCACUGGCAACAGACGAAUUGCAGCAGAAGAUCACACAAAUCCGAAAACUUUAUCCAAUUUUCUCAUCGGUUCCUGACUCAGUUUCGUUGAGCUCUUUGGCAAUGGAAGCUCUGGGAUUUCCUUCUCUCAACACUCAUAGCAUUUUGUGCUCCAGUUCUCAGAAACGAAGAGCCACUAAACCACCAUGUCAAAGAACAUAUUUUUCAAGCAUUUCACCUCCAUCUUCCCUAAAACUCACACCCUCUUACAGAAGUUACAAUUUUCGAAGGAGUGCCACUCGAAUGCAAGCUGACAGUGAAGAUUACGAGUUGAAGCAAAUGAGGGAUAUGGCUGCUGCCAAAAAGAGAUGGGAGGCUCUGGUUAGGGAAGGAAAGGUUAAAGCUUUAACACCAAGGGAAGCCGGGUAUGCAAUUCAGCUAUCUAACAAAACCCUUCUCGAUGUUCGUCCCUCUACAGAACACAAAAAGGCAUGGGUUAAAGGAUCAACCUGGAUUCCGAUAUUUGACGUUGGCAAUGAAUUCGACGCUGGAACUCUUUCCAGAAAGUUCGUGAAUUUCACAAUGGGGGGUUGGUGGAGUGGCGUUCCUAUGUUGUCAUAUAACAGCCAGUUCGUGGCCAAAGUUAGUGAGAAGUUUCCAGAAGAUACAGAUCUUAUCGUUGCAUGUCAGAAGGGAUUGAGAUCUCUGGCUGCUUGCGAGCAGCUGUACAAUGCAGGCUACAAAAACCUUUUCUGGGUUCAAGGAGGUUUAGAGGCUGCUGAAGAAGAGGAUCUUGUCAGAGAAGGACCUCAGCCAUUUAAGUUUGCUGGAAUUGGUGGGGUUUCAGAAUUCCUCGGUUGGACAGAUCAGCAAAGAGCUGCAGGUGCCAAAGAAGGUUGGAGUUACCGAUUAGUGUUCUCUGCCCGGCUGGUCGGAGUCAUUGUCCUUGCCGAUGCCUUGUUUCUUGGUGCUCAGCAAUUCGGACAUUAUCUUCAGGAUAUAAGGUCGCACUGAGGUUAAACACUUGUGCUUGAAGUACGUGAUUGAAUAUCAAGGUACAACAUUUUGCAGUACUGGUUUACCAGAGAAUAGAUUUGCCAAGGAUAACAAUUUUGGAAGCCAGAGUGCCUCAAAAAGAAGAUUGCGUGCGAGCUCUGUAUGAGAAGUAGAUCAGUGACUGAGCCAGCAAAUUUUGUCGGACAGUUACGCCUUGUAAAACAUGUUCUAGUCUAGUAUUAGUUUUUUCUCUUCUUUUUCUCUCAUAGCGGUUUUUUGGCCUAGCAAUGUAUUUAUCCUGUGAAUUCUGCUAUUAAUAAUUUUCUUUUAUCAAUCAUUAUAUAUUGCGCAGAA